CUUAAACGCUGAAUGCAGAGCAUGCUGCAGCUUCUGCUAUUAUCUUCCGGGUUUGGGCCACUCUAUAAAAGCAGAGCCCAACAUCUCUGUGGUGCACAUUGAGUGUAACUGAGCUGUCUACAAUGAGCAUCCGUUGGCAAAUCACUUGUCUGCUACUGCUGCCUUCCUGCACCCCAGGUUUUUCCAUGGAUGAUGGCAUUGUUGGUGGUAAAGUCUCCGUUCCACACAGUCGACCCUACAUGGUCUACAUCCGUGACAGCGUUACAAAAACAACAUGUGGUGGUUUUUUGGUAAGAGAGGAUUAUGUGAUGACAGCCGCCCACUGCAGAAGAAAUAAUCUUAUGGUGUAUUUGGGAGUCGAUGACACCAGACAUUUACCUGGCGGUGUAGCUGUAGAUCCCAUUCCACAUCCAGGAUUCAAUAUGAACAAGAAAGGUCAUGACAUCAUGCUUCUAAAGCUCAAAACCCCUGCAGUUUUAAACAAAACGGUGAAUACUAUCGCUUUGCCUGGGAAUGAACAAUUCUCAAAGGACUGCAUGGUCAUGGGUUGGGGCUGGCAAGAUUACCAGCGUGGGUCUCCUUCAAAUGUGCUCAAAGAAGCAAACGUGACUCUGAUAGACUCUGAAAACUGUGGCCCGGCUGACACUCUGUGCAAUGAGGGAAAAACUGGACCAUCACAGGGAGACUCUGGGGGUCCACUUGUUUGCGGAGGCGUUGCACAGGGAAUCGUGUCAUUUUACAAAAACCACACAAAUGCAGAUUUACUCACGGUGUACACUCAUAUUUCCCACUUCUUUGCAUGGAUUCAUGACAACAUGAUACCACCUACUCAGCAGCGAUAUGAAACAUGGAAGGGCAAGCUGGAUAAACUCAUUUAGUUGUCUGGUUCAAUGCACGUUCUAUCAUUUAUGUUUGGUUCAGUUUUACACCAAUCAUUAAAUGUGCAAGUUUUAAAA